AUGCGAGUCAAGCGCAGGGGAAGCUUGCUUUCGCUCGUCUGUCUUGGCUUUGGAUGCACCUUUUGCUCAUACGGCUCCGGGGUUUUCCCUCGCAGGACACCGCAUAGUUUCGCUCCUGAGAGUUCUCUUCGCGGAAGCCGGGUGAGCCGUGCAGCAGUGUUUAGUGUGCUAGCAGAAGAGGUGAACCAUAGACCUGCCUUCUUCUUUGGAGAGGUGUUCAUCAUCGUGGUGCUCUCGGCUGGCUUCGAAAAAGCAGAAAAGUGGCUGCGCGAAAGGCUGAAAACAAGCGGUGACUACACAGGGAGAAAGAUUCUCGACGCGCUCUUUCGAGAGAUCACCAUCCUGGGUUUCAUUGGAUUGCUCCUCUUUGUGCUUACACACCUGCUACCAGAGGAUAGUCCUCUGAUAUCUUUUGGUCAGGCCGAGUACAACAUCCUUCCGGAGACUUUCGAGUACGUGCACAUGGCCACAUUCCUGCUUUUGGUGGUCCUACUUUUCCAAGGAUUUGCAGUUCUGAGGAUCUCGCGAGAGACUGCAAAUACCUGGGCAGACUAUGAGCGGGUCCGUGCAUUUGGUAUGAGCGAAACGUCAAUCGAGUCCAUGCUCGUUGAGGAGGGCUAUUUGGAGCGGCAGCCAGCUGCCAAUGGCAACGGCUUCGAGCUCCAAACUUUGAAGCCAUUUACCUACGGUGAGGGUGUCAUCGAGCGGGCUUUGCUGAGACGAAAGUACGUCCACAAGUUGGUGAUGUGGAGGGCGGUUCGCCACGGCUUUCUUUUUGAUGGCCCGCAGAGCAAGCUCUUGGUGUCGGAAGGGGCCGUGAUCCCGGGGCUCUUCAGCUUUGAGACCUUCUUGGAGCAGCAGCUGGGUCAAAUUGUGCUUGGAUUGGUUGAGGUGGAUGUCACCACCUGGUUCGUGGCACUACUAUUUGUGGCCCUUGUCACAGUCACAUGCUUGACCCUGGAUUGGGUGAAUGCACAGCUGAUGCAGUGUGUUUGCAGCUGGGCACUGCUGGGCAUCGCCUUCGCCUUCUCCAUCGUCUUGGAGGAGGACACCUUCGAGCUGACCCCCCAGGUGCCCGAGGACCCCCGGCAGAUGCUCCGCAUGUUCUCGGGCACGUCGCUGCAGAUGCUGCGGCGCCAGAGUUGGCUCGGGGAGCCCGAGGAGGCCGAGGACCCGGACUUCAGCCUCUCGGGCCGGCGCUUCCGCCCCGUGCUGCCGGGCCUGGAAGGCAUCGCGCGGCCCAAGAUCGGGCCGUCCAAGAGCAAGGUGGAGGGCAUCGAAAAGAAGUACUUCUUCAUCCAAGAGUACACCCUGGCUUUCAAGCUGAUCUUCUUCCUGCAGGCGGCGGUGGUUGCCUCCUUGUUGGUGGAGCUCUUAGAUGGAAGUGUCCAUGGCUUAAACAGAACAGUCCCGUUUGCCUUGGCCUGCGCGGAGUGGCCUUUGAUGCUUUUCUGGCUGGUUCCUGAUUUGGUUCGUCGUCUGACUGUGCGGGCAGCUGUCACUCGCACACGCAAAAAUUAUUGGUUUCGCGACCAGCAGCGGAGCCUGGUGAAGAAGGUCAUGAUCUCCGGCAUCGAAGGCUUGCUGCGAGACUGCUCUCGCCUGAUCCAUUUGCAGGGCAUGGAAGCUCGUGCAGUCAUGGCGAGUGAGACUUGGACACUAACGGCCAAAGCACUGACAGGGCAGUCGCGGGAAUAUUUGGAGAAGACGCAGCAGCUUAUGGCUGUGAAGAAUGUGCGCUGGGGCACAAAUUUAUUCAAUGAUUUGCCUCCGAAUCUAAAGACAGAAGUGAACAGCAUUUUUACAAGUUGGGAUGCGCAAAAUGCUGGGGCCGUCGCCCCAGUAGAACUUGCCAGAAACAUCAGACUCAUGGGUUUCACUGCCACGGCCAAUCGGGUUGCUCAAAACUUGAUCCGACUGGUGGAUGAUGAUGGAAGUGGCAUGCUCACCUUCCGGAAGUGCGCGGCCUUAUUCAUGCUGGCAACCACAGGACGGCCGACGCAGGAGCGCCGGCGUGACCUGCAGAGUUUCUUCUCCAGAGUCCGCAAGCGAAGCCCGCGGAAUGCCACGGUCUUCGAGCUUGCACGCGCCCUGCCACUCAACAGUAUCACUGCAGAAGAUCUUGCCACGUUGAUGUACCGGCACUUCGGUCGAGUGAAGCCAUCUGUGACUAGAGCUGAAUUUGUUGAGUGGAUCGAAGCAAUCGAGUCCUCUCAGCUGCUUGCAGAAGCAGCCAAAGUGGCUUAA